AUGACAGUGUAUCUGAAAAGGCACAUAUUUACCUUCCUAUCAUGCCUUUCUCUUCUAGUGACUCUCGCAAUAGCGGCUGCUGAACCACCCACGGGCUUUCCAGAGCCUUUAAAAUUGACAAACUUCAAAGAAGAGUUAUCCAACGGACUGCAUAUCAUUGAAUUCUAUAGUCCAUACUGUGGAUACUGUAGAAAUUUCGCACCUGUUUGGAUGGAAACAUGGGAAGAAUUCAAAGAGGAAGGCAAGAAACUCAACAUAACUUUAUCACAAGUUAACUGUGUCGAAAGUGCUGAUUUGUGUGUAGAGGAAGGCAUUGAAAAAUUCCCUGAUAUUAGACUUUAUGGCCCCUCAGGAUACAUUAAGUCGUUUACUGAAUUACCAAGAACCAAAGAAUCAUUGAUUGAGUUUGCGCGUAAGGAGUCUAUCGAUCCAAAUAAUUUCGAUACUAAUUUGGAUUUUGCUGUGAGCCAAAGCGAAUUUCUCGAAGGCUUCGAUUUUCUCAAGUUAAUUUCUGGGAGCGCAACCAGGCCAUAUUUGGUUUCCUUUUGGCCAACCAAAGAUUUGAAGGAUAGUGGAGAUUCAUUAAAAUUUGAAAAUUGUGACAAAUGCCAUGAAUUCCAAAGGACUUGGAAGAUUAUUUCAAGACAGUUAGCUGAGGAGGACAUCAAGACAGGUCACGUAAAUUGCGAAGCCAAUCCAACGAUUUGUGAGGAACUGGGAUUUGACAAGCUGGCAAAAAUAACUAACCAUAGGGCCGAUAGAGAGCCUAGAGUAGCCUUAGUCUUGCCCAAUAAAACUUCAAACAAUUUGAUUGACUAUCCCAAUGGCUACUCAGUGAAGCCAGACGGUUAUGUAGAUUUUGCCAAGAGGACUUUUGCUAACAGUAAAUUCCCCAAUAUCACAGAAGAGGAAAUUUUGAAGAAAGUGAGCAGAAAUGUUAAUUAUUUGCAAGGGAGAGGGGCAGUACCUAACAACAAUAUCCAUUUAGUUUUCUCGUAUGAUCCUGACACUGUUGUUAUUGAAGAUUUCGAUAUUUUGGAAUACCUGAUCGAGCCUCUGUCAAAGAUUCCAAACAUCUAUUUAUACCAAAUUGAUAAAAACCUAAAAGAUUUGUCCCGUAAUAUUUCCAAAGGUAUGUAUGAACAGAUUAAUUACAACAACAGUGAAACUCAAAAGAAUUUCAAUGAACAGUAUUUUACUAUGAAUACAGUUACUCAACUCCCAACCUUUUUCAUGUUUAAAGACGGCGACUCCAUAUCACAUACUUACCCCGGAUAUUCUACAACAGAAAUGAGAAAUAUUGUCGAGAUCAUGAAGUGGGUAGAAAAGUAUUCCAACCCCUUGGUGGCAGAGGUAAAUUCCUACAACUUGGAAAAGUUGUUGUCCUUUCAAACCGAGUCUUAUAGUAAUCUGGCUAUUCAAUUAGUAAGUAGUGGUAGUGCCAAACAAAUCAAAGGAAGCAAUGAACUUAUCAAUAAAUUACUCCUCGCAGCGUUAGAUUAUGAACAUAUUCGGAUGGAGAAUAACUUCGAAGAAAUCAAUGAAAGAAGAGCCAAGAAAGGAAGUAGUAUUAAGCAAUUAAGAGAGAAAAAGGCUUCAUCCGAUAAAAUCGUUGAUAAAAUGCGUGAAGAGGUUCCCCAUCUAGAUCAUAAAAAAUUGUUAUUGGGUUAUUUGGAUAUUUCAAAGGAGAAACGCUUUUUUAGAAAGUUUGGUAUUACUGGAGAAUAUAAAGUUGGUGACGUUAUUAUCAUUGAUAAAUCAAAUAAUUACUACUACACUAAAGAUAAUUUUGAGACCACUUUGACGUCCAACCAACCUCACUUACUAAGAGAAGCAUUCGUAUCUUUAAACAUUCCAUCAAAAGCCUUAUACAACACUAAGUUGAAAGGGAGGUUGAUGAAUUCUCCAUUCCACGAUAUUUUCAGUUUCCUAGAUAUAGUCCACCAGAAUGGUGUUCCUGGCUAUUUCCUUUUUAUUGUUUCGAUUUUUAUGAUCUUUAAAAGCCGCUCUUUUUACAGAAGGUACAUGGUAAGGAAACAUUACAGGGCCAAGAGGAACACUGUCGGUAUUCUAGGUAAAGAAAAAAAGCAGAAUCAAGACUGA